AUGCUUGCCCAUGUACGAAGUUUGGGCGCAAGAAGUGUGAAGACGAUAUAUAGCUAUUUUCAUGCCGAUCACAUCGCUGGGGCUUCUGCCUUGCGGGACACGAAGAUUGUUGCACAUGGAGGCACGCAGGAGAGAAUGAGGCAGAACGCUGAGAAGUUGAGAAACCCGGAUGAAGGCGGAGGACCCAGCAUCGACGUUGUGUUCCCCAUGGAGACCUAUGAGAAGAGCCUGUCGCUCCGAGUCGGCGAUAUCGUCGUCGAACUGCAUAAUUUCCACAUUCACACCGCAGAUUCUACGCUCCUCUUCCUCCCGGAUGCAGGCUUGGUUUUUGCUGGCGAUAUACUCGGGGAUACCGUGACGUAUAUCUCCGAGCCAGAGGAUCUCAAAACUCAACUACAGGAGUUAGAGCGUAUGGCGCAAUUGCCUAUGACGAAAAUCUUUCCUGCGCACGGCAGCCCAGACCAGAUCAAAGCUGGAGGUUUUAAUAAGUCGUUGAUCGACGCCACGAUCCAGUAUUUGAAGGCAUUGGAUGAACCUGUUAAGAAGCCUGUUGCCUAG